UUGGAAUUAGCCAGUCCUUGUUUUAGAUGAGCUGAAGGGUUGUAUUAUCGCCCCCUGCUGGACGUUUAAAUAAAGCGCUUCGCGCCCUCAGGCUUGCUGAACGAGUUGCCAUGGCAACUGUACAGCAUGCGCUUACAAAAACAAGAGCUUGACCGUUCGCCGACAGUUCUCUCGACAUUCGACAUCUGCGACGCCAUCUUCCUCUUCUUCUUCCACCGUUUAUCAAGGUGGGAAAACAGCAGGCGCUCGUUAAGACGAAGAGAAUCCCAGGACAAUCAGGUAUGAGCGGAGCCAAAGCCCGCAGCGACGCUCCUGUUGCUGAAAAUGUCUCUGGCGGCGGGCACAGCGCUGCGGCUCCUUCACGGGACCGCAAGCCCGGCGGGGGGGUCCUGAAGAGGUUUAAGUCCCGACGGAGCCAGGUGGACAGCAGGCCCGUGACGGAGGAAGACCUGCGGACGCAGAGUGGACACAUCACGCCAGAAGAUGUGCUGGGACUGCGAGUAGCUACGAGAGGAUACCUCUGUAAACCUGAGGACAACAUUUUUAACAUCGACUUUGUACGCUUUAAGAUCCGAGACCUGGAGACCGACACAGUCUUAUUUGAGAUUGCUAAACCACCACACCCAGAUGAUGAAGAGGAAAACAGAGAGGGAGAUGCCAGUGCGGGCCGAUUUGUACGCUACCAGUUCACACCGGCCUUCCUGCGACUGAGGACUGUGGGAGCUACAGUGGAAUUCACUGUUGGUAAUCGGCCUCUGAACAACUUCCGCAUGAUUGAGAGGCACUACUUUCGAGAUCAUCUGCUAAAGAGCUUUGACUUCGACUUUGGUUUCUGUAUCCCAAACAGCCGUAACACCUGUGAACAUAUCUAUGAGUUCCCUCAGUUAUCAGAGGGCCUGGGUGAGUCACGUUUUAAAAUCAACACCUGCCUGGCUCUUCCUUGUCCAUGUUAUGGCAGUAUCUGCAUGUACUGGUUCUACAUGAUUCAAGGAGAAGGUAGCUCACACCUUUUGUUGUCUGUUCCCGCCCUUUGCUAAUAGUAGUCCACUGAUGCAGGUUUUUUUUUAAGCUACAAUUAUACAAGCUGCUUCAUUUUAAUCAGUCAAAUGGUAUAGAUGCAGACAACUAUACAACAUCGAUAAGAUAAUUAAAAGUAAGCAUCAAGUAGCACUUUAACAUCAGUAAGCAUAGAGGAGAGUCAAGUCCUGCUGCUGCUGAUUGUCAUUUACUGGUUUACAAAUGAGUUCAUCACAUCAAUGCUGGAAAAGAGAGGAGCAACAGUCGCAAAGCAGGUUCAAAGAGUACGAAAUGAGGAGGGACAGCGGCGGCCUUCAAAAGACUGUAGAUGGCCACUGAGGAGAUCAGAGAAUAAAGGCUUGUUUACAGGUUGCUUGACAGCAGUGUUCUGUCGCACAAAAAGACACAUCCAAACCUCAGAAAAUGUCAAAGUUGCCUUUCGGCUAAAUAAGUUUGUAUUUGUGCAUUGAAGAGAUCCACAGCCAGCAUGAGUAAUGAAUAUAGAGGAGGCAAAUUGUAAAUGGACUGUACUUAUAUAGAUCUUUUCUAGUGACGAUGCUUUUACAUUACAUUCACACAGACAUUGAUACAGCACUUCUAUUGUUAUGAUACUAAGUGCUUUUUAACCUAUCACACACAUUCAAUUUAUUACAUUCACAUAGACACACCGGGAGGCAACGUGGGGUUCAGUGUCUUGCCAAAGGACACUUUAGCAUGUAUCAUGGGAAGCCUGGAAUCGAUCCACCGACUUCCUCGUGAACUACAGCCAACAACUUGAGUUUAUUGUCUUUUUAUCCUCACAGCCACGCUACCUAAAGGCUGCAGCUCAUAAACACCCUGAACUCUGAAAAAAGAAGAAACAAGCAAAAUACAGGCGGAAAGGGCAGAAAAAUACAGCGUCACGAUUAUUGGUUUCUGAGAUGACUGAGAUAGACUAGCUUCAGUCCAUAUGUUUU